CCUUGGGGACAUCAGCACAGCCGGGGGGUGGGACGUGGUGGCCCCCGUCUCCGUGCCCACUGCGGGGACCGGGGACGGGUUAUUUUUAAGCAGUGAGGUGCCUGUUCCGUCACAAGCAGCUGCUGCCCAACUGGGCAGGGGACGCAGCCAACUGGGCCAGGCUCUCCCGGAAGGGGUGACCGGAUCCUUCUCCGCUGCCGUGCCCGGGACGGGGGCACCGGGGCUCCGCCACCGCCGACCGGAGUCAUGGCGUCGCAGCUGGAAGGGGCCAUGGAGACACUCAUCAACGUCUUCCACCAUUACUCGGGCAAAGAAGGGGACAAGUACAAGCUGAGCAAGAAGGAGCUGAAGGAGCUGCUGCAGAGCGAGCUGGGCUGCUUCCUGGAGACCCAGAAGGACACGGGCGCCGUGGAGAAGAUCAUGCAGGACCUGGAUGAGAACGGCGACGGGGAGGUGGACUUCCAGGAGUACGUGGUCCUGGUGGCCACCCUCACCGUGGCCUGCAACACCUUCUUCUGGGAGAACGCCUGACCCAGGCCCCCCACCACCACCACCACCACGCAGCAGCCGGCCGCAGCGUCCCCAAAAACGCAGAGCCCCCCGCCAUCACCCCCCCAGCUCCCCCUCAGCUCCCCAGCACACCCCGGGGAUCCCACUGGGAUCCAGCUCCACAAUAAAGGCACUGACCCAGCCAGAGGCGUGUUGUCAGCUCCUUCCUUUUUAGGGCUGGGUGUCCCUCCCUGGUGUCCCCCCAGGGAUACUGGUGUCCUCCCGGGGAUACCAAAGAGCCUUCCCUCUCUCCUGAGCCAUGGGGUCACAGGGAAAAGCCACUUCGGGUCACCCGAAGUGCCUGGAGACAUCCCCGUCUCCACCCUGCUCCUCCAUCGGGACCUGGCACCAGCCCCACCGUGGCCCCGGGGCUCAGCAGAGCCAGGGCGGGUGACCCCGAAAUGCACCGGGGGGUGUUGGGGUGCGGGACACGGAGGUGCAACGUGGGGGCAGGAGGGUCCGGAGGAGGGGGAGACAGGCCACAGGCCGGGACUCGUCGCCCCGUCCCGCCAGAGGCACGGGCACCGCGCCCCGUGUGGGGCUGGAGGAACCGGUUCUUAUC